AUGAGUUUUGUUGUUGAACUGUUUCGUAAAACUGCUUCGCGUGUUUACAAACGAAAAGGUGAUGAUGACGCGGAACUGCAUCCUUUGCAAGAAGUUUGCGAUAAAUAUUCAAGCUCUUGUUUUGAUUUAUAUCAGGUAAGCUGAUGAAGAGAUCAUUUAUCGUUGAACUUAUAUAUCUACCGUAGUUUUUCUGCUAUAUCUCCGAUAAGUAAAAGCAUUUAGCCCUAUGCAAAACAUCGCCUAUACAGACCCAGUUGUAGGCGUUUUUUGCACGAACGCUUACAAUCAGGGAAAAGUUAUUAAAGUUUAAACCCUUCUCAAGUUAGCAAAUCCACAUUAAUUUUUGCUCUAUUUUUUCAUUCUGUUUCCUCAUAAGUAUGAAUAAAAAGCAACCGUUAUAGCCAAAUAUAGGCCUUGAUUUCGUAAUCAUUGAAGAAGAGGCGUAAUUCAAAGCAAAUGGCUUUAAAAGUUGUUUAACUUGGAGUCUUGGAGUCUCAGUGUCGAGCACAGCACCAGACAUAAUGUACUUACACAGUAAACACUUGAAAUGAUGAUACACGAUCUGCUUGUAAAAUUUUUGCUUUAACGUAUGAAAGGCCUUCUCUGACUUCUCUCGAAGCGUCGAGAUAUGUUUAUUAAAUGUCUUCAAGGUAUAUAGUGAUAUAGUCAUCAUAUGGACAACUUGAUCUAUGACUAUAUGCUUCUACCUAUAUGCAGAGAACCAAUAUCGUUGUUUAGUUCGCUUUCUGGUUUUAAAAUAUUUAUUGGUUCCACCCGUUGAAGGCUGCAGACAGGCAGCCGAAACUCGUGAAAUUAAUAAAUAUUUUAAACCAGAGAACAUCCAAAAAUUUUAAAUGAGUAAUCCUGGUUGCGCCUCAAACGUAACCCUCGUCUAGCUUCAGCGAGUAUCGAGCGCGCAAUUGAGGAGUUCCGUAGAAUCUUGUAAAAGAAAACUUGUAAAGGAAAACUUUCUUUUGUUUACUUGACUUUAUCGUGUGUUCAUUUCCUUUAUACUGCAAAAGUAAGUCUCUUCCUUGGUCAAAGGAAACAUAUAAUUGUUGCGAUCCUUUUUUACUGUAAUCGAAAAUGGCAAAGCGUAGCGUACAUGUGUAGCAAUUUUUGACUAUCAUAAAAGUAACGCUGUACUACUGACAAAUGCUGUAGGACUAUUAAAUAUGAAAUGAUUUAGCUUAGCCUCAGAAGGUACUCCCUUGUCCUUUCAAACCAUGAUACAGAACACUCCCUUCGUGGUGGUAAUAACAAACUUUUAAUAUCCAGGACUAGUCUAGAUGUAGAACAGCCAGAUUUAUAAUUGCUGGAAGUGAAGCUUUCAACAUUUAUAAAUCGUAUUAAUAUAAUUCACUAUGACAUGUAAAUACCACUAUAAAAUGACUAUUUUUAGAGUUGUUUUUGACAUUUUAUCUUCUUAAUCUUGUGCAGUGGCGGAAAUUCACUUUUUCCGGGGGGGGGGGGCAAAGCCUUCUAAAUUUUCGACAAAACUUUCAAAUUUCCGACGUCCCCCCCCCCAUUUGCACUCGAAAAGACUGUUUUUAGCCCUCUUUUAGGUCAAAAUUUCCGAAAAUUCGUCAAUUUUCCGUGAAGGUGGGGGGGAGGGGGCGGCCGCGCCCCACCAAGAUUUCCGCCACUGAUCUUGUAAACCGAUGUAAUUCAGUCUUGGACAAAAUUGGUCUUUUUAAUAAAUCAUAUUUUUUUUUAUUUUUCUUUUCCUGCAAUUAGACGUGAAUAUUUUUCCCAAAAUUAAAAGUGUUAACGUAUUAAGCAAUAUAAAUUAUGCACGCUCAUUAAAUAAAAGCAGAUUGAUUUUGCAUACAUAGGUCAAGGCAAAUUGUUAUGAUACAUUAUUAAUAAUAUGUUCUAUUAUUUACAUUCGCUCUUACUACUAUAUGUAAUUACAAUUUUUAAUAAAUGAACUGUCAGCCUUGUAAUUAUCUGAGCUGCCAAAAUUACAAAACUAAAUAUGCCACAAACUUGACCUCUUUAACAUGACCGUGUGUCACAAUUUGAAUAUUCAAUCACGAGAGAGCUAUCUACUCAAACUGCUGGAGAACUAUUGUUUUUAAUUCUUCAUUAUAGAUACAUUGCGGUUUAAUCUUUACCAAGGUUCAGAUUCUGACUUCCGCGUUUAAUCUAGACAAGUAAAAACGCACAAGUUGUAACAAACCUGCAGAAGACUUGUAGCAAUGCUAUUUCAACAACUUGUCAACAGGAUGUGUUCGCACUGCUUGUUCCCAGCUUGUUGACAAUUUGCUACAAGGUUGUUGGGCUGAACAGACUUGUUACAAGUUGUUCCAAUAAAUUACAAGUUAUUGAAAUGUUCCAACAACUUAAUAGAUAGUAUGAUUAACCAAAUGGAUUAGCUCAUUGAGUUCCAGCGCUCUUUCCUUGACGAGUAAAAUUGGCAGGCGUUAGGCAACUUAGGGUGCAUUGCAGCUUAAGCCCCGUUUACACUACGCUCAAUUUUUGGUACGGCACGGAUAAAAUUGGUACCCGUACCACUUUUUUGGUUCUUGGACUACCUAUUUAGAUAGUCCAAGAACCAAAAAGUGGUACGGUACCAAAAAUUGAGCGUAGUGUAAACGGGGCUUUAGCGAGCUAUUUUAUUAAACGAAGAGCCUCGUGAGAUAGCGAACGGUUAACAUAUUUGUGCAUGGUAUACUACUUCAGGCAUGCAUCAUUGGAGAUGUGGACGCAGUGCGAUGGUACAUAAACGUGGGACACAGAGAUGCCAACAAACCAGACGAGAAUGGUUGUACAGCUUUAUUUUAUACCAUCCAGAAGAACCGUGUGGUGCUGGUUAAAGAUCUUAUCAAUGCGGGAGCUGGUAAGUUUCUCUUAAACAACUUGUCAACAACUUUGUGAAAAUUAUUGUAAUUAAAAUCUUCAAUCUUCAUGCUAAGACAAAUGUUCUCCGGAUCAAGAGAUCUUGAUCUCAAAUGUUCUCCGGAUCAAGAUAUCUUGAUUUGCUCACAAAUGUUCUGAGUAUUGUUCAUUGUUACAACGUCCUAACAAACCUAAUACCACUCCGUUUUUUAAACCUCUGUUAUAAACUGGUAUCAAUUUUAGAGUUUUCUAGGAAAGCUUAGCUAAACAUUCCUUUUUCAAUAAUUUCAGAUGUGAAUUUGAUGGCAAGUUUAGAAGAAGGAGUAAUGGUGACUCCAGUUCAUAUUGCUGCCAAGUACAACAGAUGUGAGUGCUUAACAAUUCUCUUGGAACAUGGCGCUGAUGCUAACAUUGCUAAUUCUUUUGGACAAACACCAUUGCACACUGCUGCCAGAAGAAAACUUAAUGAGAUGGUCAAAGUAAGUAUCUUUGUUUUUUGUAUAGUUCCCAUCAACAGCAACUUGGAUAACUCGCGUGCCUUAUUACUGAGCUUAACCCUACGUAUCUUCUGUUCUGCACAGAUUCUUAUAAAGAAAGGUUUAGCAAAUGUGAACAGUGCAGAUCAUGACAUGGUAACUGCACUACAUCUGGCUGCCACACCUGGAAAUGCCAACGAAAGAAUAAAUGUUGUUAAAACUUUGGUAAGAAAACAAUGAAAAACUAAACUUAAGUCUCGAUGAAAUGAAGAUGAAAGUUGAUGAGAGUUGGGAAGCAAGAGUUUGCAUGAACGUUUUCUCAACUUUCAUGGUUCAUGCCUUAAGCUAGCCUCCCACGAUGAACUCCCUUUGUUAAAAUUUUGGGAUUUCACCACUGAUUUCUAUGCAACGCUUCCAUUAUAGGAGGGUGUUGAUGGGGGUAUUUUUUUACCGUCAGUCGUGAAAACACUAAAAAUUUACCGUGAAGCGUGGGGAAAAAAAAUACUGUUUAUUGUUUUAGAACACUUUUCAAAGAUUUACCUUUAAAAUACCAAAGUUUUACCGUUAAAAUGCCAAAUUUUUUACCGUUUACUGAUUUUCAAACCCCCCAUCUAUAGACCCUCUUAUAGGCAACGAAACGUCUCUGGACGUAGAGGGAUAGCUAUUAGUGUCAUUAGUACAGUUUCUUAUUUUCCUUAUGUAGCUUGAGAACGGUGCGAGUCCAUUUUGUCAAGAUAACGAAGGGAACACGGUCUUUCACGAAGCAGCAGAAAAUGGCGUACAUGACGUGCUGGAAAUAUUGUGCCAACACAGAGGUAAUUCGUCACUUUAA